AACAGCCUUCGCUCAGCCUGAGGGGCACAAGGAGGAAAGCCAGGGCGGCGCGGCCCGAGCGGAGACAUGGCGGAAAGUUUAACACCUCAAGAAAAAAAUGGCUCUUCUACCCCUUCCUCUGUUCAAAAAUGAUGCUCCGAUUGGGUGGAGAUCAUUGAGCCCCGUUCCCGGGAGCGAAUGUAUGUCAACUUGACAACUGGGGAAUGUGGCUGGGACCCGCCACCCAACCUCAGAGUCCGUCAGUCUGAUGAGAACCAGUGGUGGGAGCUCUUUGACCAAAACAACAACCGUUUCUAUUACUAUAAUGCCAUCACACAGCAGACAGUAUGGCAUAGGCCACAGGGCUGCGACAUUGUACCACUCGCUCAGCUUCAAGCCAUGAAACGCAAUUCCCAGUCUGAAUUCAGGACAUCCCAGCAGAGGGGCAGCACAAGCAGUGAUGGACGAAACACUCCCAUUCAAAUGACUCUUGUACAGGACUUGGAGAAGGAUAAACAGGACAACAGCCUGGAGAAGAGGUCAGAGACUGGCAGAGAUACACCUACUCGAUGGCAACCUUUACCAGGAACUAAAGCAGCCAUGCUAGUCAAAGUCAACAGUCUCAGACAAGUGAAUUCUUCUUCAAGCAGUUCACUUCAAAUGCAGAGCAGUGGAGAAACUGGCAGCCAGAAAUCUUUGCAUCCAAAACCAAUUGUAUAUGCCCAACCUCAGUCUGUAGCUCCAAAUGCAUUGGUGUCAAAACAAGCACCUCCAAUAGAAACAAAGCAGUCCAUGCAAGUUAAGAAGACAGAGAAUGGAGGGUUUUGUCUGGUGUUAAGUAAUGGACUCACUUAUCAGCCUCUUUCAGGGAGUCAGACACGAGCAUCACAACCUGCAUCUCCCAAGUAUGCUUCUCCGGCACCAAUAUAUGAUGAGCCAUCGAUUGACUCCCCAAUUUAUGAUGAACCCCCUGUAGAUAUGGACACUGGAAAUGGGACAACUCUACAAAUUUCACCAAGUAAUAGCUUAAAUAAGCCUCACCCAGUUAAAUUAUUACAGCAUCCAAGUAUGCAGCACCACUACCAACCUGGAAAAAAGCAUAUGAGAAAUCUUUCCACCACAGAGUACAGCCCAGUGGGAAGAGAAUAUAUUAAACAUAUGGUCAACAUUGACCCAUCACCCAAAAAUCCUCACUCUGUAAGUGCGGCAGUUGAUGGCGUCACUAAACCACAGCUAGGUCAGCUUAGUUCCAGGGAUAGCUUCAAGCAGUCUUGGAAAGCCUUAGAGGCAAAUGUUCUCAAAAAUAUGGAGGCCCACCACAGCCGGCAGAACAGUCUUCAGGCUCAAGAAUAUCCUACUGUUAUAAGUCAGCAAGACUCUGGAUAUUCAACAGGACCUUCUCCAAGCCUGAGAAAGAGAAAAGGAAGGCGACAAGCUCCAGGUCAGGGAAGGCCAGGUUCUGUAGGUAGCAGUAGUGAACUCAGUGCUCUGAAUGACAAGCUGAUUGCAGAGAUGCGUGCUGUGGUGAAUAGAUCUGCUGCUGGAAGAGGAAGUAAAACUAGCUUAGAUGCAGAAAUGCUGGAAAAUGCUAAUUUGCCAGAGGGUAAUAAAAUUAAGUUUCAGUCAGACCGCUUGAAAAAAUGUAACAGCAGAAACUCAAGGGAUGAUGUGAAUUCGAGUAGCAAGUCUUUAUUCAGGCCUAGAAUGGACAGUAGAGGGAGUCUCUCAAAUGAUCCAGCUCUGUAUCAAGAUACUGUGAGGCAGAAGAGAACCUAUGAAAAAAUAGAUUCUUUAGAAAAGAAUGUGGCCAGUCCGAUAAACCUGUCUCCAUCUGACACAGCACAAAUAUCCCAGUCUGGAACAAUAAGGUCUGAUUCCCAUGAGGAGAACAAUGAUCAGCCUGGCACCAACAUGGGAUAUCAGUUUCCCUUCCACACCAUACGGAAACCCAUCUCACAAAGCAGCAUGGCCGACUGGGCUUCUAAAAACCUAAACAUGCACACUCAGGGUAUCUUUCGGCGAAGGCUCUCCAUUGCUAAUAUGCUCUCUUGGAACGGUGGCUCUAUCAAAAAGCCAAUGCUUAUCACCAGCAACCACACCAUCAAAAAGGAAGCUUGUGAAAUAUUUAAACUGAUACAAGUCUACAUGGGUGACCGACAAGCUCGGAUGGAUCGGGAACAUGUUGCUUUAAUCACUGUCACCAAGUGCUGGAGCAUUCAGGGUUUACGGGAUGAGUUAUAUAUACAGCUGAUCAGACAAACAACAGACAAUAUAUGCUACCGAAGCCUGGCCUGGGGUUGGGAACUGAUGGCCAUUAGUUUGGCCUUUUUCUCCCCAUCACCAAAGUUCCAGUCUUACUUGGAAGGUUACAUCUAUCGUCACCUCAGCCAAGUCAAUGAUGAAAACAUUACCCAGCGCAUUAAGGAGCUUCUGGAUCUAAAAAACAAAAAGAACUCAAAAUCCAGGAAAAAGAGGAAGCAAAACACAGAGGAUGAAGGUCUGCCUAUCAGCACUUAUGCCAGAUACUGUUACCGGAAGCUACAAAAGGUUGCAGUCACUGGAGGCAAAAAGGGUCUCCGAAAGCCUACAAUUGAGGAGAUCAUACAUGCCAAAAAUGCGAUUGUGACACCUUCACUGUUUGGCAGCUCUUUGGAAGAAAUCAUGAUACGUCAGCAGAGCAUGUAUCCAAAUAACAAGCUGCCAUGGGUACAGACACAGCUUUCUCAGCAAGUUCUUGAAUUAGGGGGAGAACAGACAGAAGGAAUAUUCAGAAUUCCUGGUGACAUUGAUGAAGUCAAUGCACUAAAACUGCAGGUGGAUCAGUGGAAGAUUCCUAACAACCUAAGUGAUCCUAAUAUACCAGCUUCUUUGCUAAAGCUGUGGUACCGGGAGCUGGAGGAGCCUGUCAUCCCACAGCAAUUCUACAAAGAAUGUAUCAGCAACUAUGAGAACCCUGAUGCUGCUGUAGCAGUAGUGGAACUCCUGCCAGAGUUUAAUAGAUUGGUCUUGUGUUACCUCAUUCACUUUUUGCAGAUUUUUGCCCAGCCAGCCAAUGUGGGCAAGACAAAGAUGGAUGUAAACAACUUGGCCAUGGUGAUGGCCCCAAACUGUCUGCGAUGCCAAUCUGAUGAUCCCAGAGUAAUCUUUGAAAAUACCCGCAAAGAGAUGUCCUUCCUCCGCAUGCUAAUUGUACAUUUGGACACCAGCUUUAUUAAAGGAGUAGUGUGAAAGGUUGUCUUCAAGCAAGACAGUGUGAAAGGAGCAAGGAAUUCUUGCCAAUAUUACAUCUUUGAGCCUUGGAACUUUCAUUCUGCAGUCUCCAGGCUUCUAGGAUUUUUUCAGUUGCUUUACCAGCCUAGUCCCAGCAACAGUGUUGAUGAUUUUGUGGAAGCCCCUUAAUGAUGCAAGUCAGUGAUCAUACCAGGGUUUUGAAGUAUCAGGAGGCCAAAUCCCACAUUUGCUGUGAAUACACUCUUAAGAACCUACAAUAGCUACUUCCUAGAAAGUCAGAAGAUGCAAUACAGAUUAGAAGGAUCAAGUGGAAGGCAUUGUUGGAAACCUACGUCAAGUCACUUAACUGCAAAAUUGUCACUGAAUGAAAAUAGACUGGAAUUUAAAAGAGAGCAAAGCAUUUUGAGACUGAAACUGCCUUCCCUUUCCUCUCCUGCUGCACUGUACUUUAGAAAGAGGAUGUUAAAAGCUCAAGCUAAGUUUGACCCCAAAUGUGCUACUUCAUUGUUUCAGUUAGAUGACUCAAACUGUGGAGGGUUUUGGGUUCAUCUUGAGUUAAAGCUAAGUCACAGCAAUGUAAAUAGCUUGUAGUUCAGGUUCCUCUGGAAUGGGAAGUUUUGCUAUAUUGUAAAUUGCAAUCAUUAUUAUUCCUGCUGCCUUUCUCUUCCUUGCUACACUAAAACUAAACUAAAAUCAGGUAUCAAGUUGCUGUGAAGCUACUGGGAGCCCGAGGCUCCAGUUGACCUCAGUAUUUGCCUUUUGUGUUCUGUUAACCACUCAGGCUUGCUCAAGGACAAACUCGAUAAGAGAUACUUGAUGACAUCUUUGUCUUUGGCUUAAAAGAAGCCUUAGGUAUUUGGUUUUGGGGCACAGCCCUGGAAUAGACUAAUCCUUCCUCUCUGCCACUUUCCAGACUAAAUUGUCCUCUUGAAGCUCCUAUGAGUUCCGCAACUGAGGAAAGAAAAGUAUCCAUAUUAUACCUGUUUCCCCCCCCCACCUCCUUUCUAGCUAAUAGCAACUUCAGGGCUGCAGUUUAAAUUGGGAGAAAACUGUUUUCUCUAAAACUAAAAGAUGAAUCAUUAAUCCCUUUCCCAGUGCUACACUCUAUAUGUGAGAGCUCUGAUGGGAGCUUUCCCAUAUCACAUUUAAUUUGGACCUCAGUACUCCUAGCCUAAAAACAUAGGUCGUAACUGCUAGGUAAAAGCAGGGGUGUGGAGUGUUCUAAGCAAGAAGCACUGUUGAAUGGGAUAGUACUGUGUAUUUCUAGACUCCAUUUCAUCCUUGCCAAAAAUGUUGGGGUUUUCACCAAAGCUGCAGUCCUCCCUGCCCUUUCAGUUAAUGUAACCUCAUGCUGAUAAAACUGGAGAGGAAUGCUCCCUUCUGUUCUCACAAUGUUGACACAUGCUAGAAACAGGAGCCUUCUGUGAUCUUUCCUCUGUGUCAUGCUGAAAGUGGAUAAAGCUCUUCAUCAAGCCUCUAAACAGAAUAACAAGUUCCUUUGGAAAAGGCUGUUUUAUAGUAAUAUACUGGGAAGGAAUCUCUUGGAAGAUAAAGUCCAACUUGUCAAGACUUACACUCAGUUCCUCUGGCAUUGGCUGUGCCAGUAAGAAUGUGAUAAGUGUUUGAGCCAAAUAGACAUUGCUUUAAAGAUAAGUCUAAUAGCUGUAUCUUUUUGUUUUUACUCAAGUGUAGGCACAGAGCCCCAUUUCCAGAGCAACCUCCAGUUCUUUGUCAGGAUUCUGAUCUAGAAUAGGAGCCCUGAGCCUUUCCCUGAAUUUAAAAAAAAAAUAAAUCCCAAAAUAUAACAUCUUGCUGUUAGCAGCAAUUUAAAGCAAUGCCUAUGUUGGUCCUUAAAGACAGAUUAGUACUUCCAAGUUACUGGACAAUGUGAUCUUAUUGGGUAGAGGAAUACAUGUUCCUUUGCCUUCCAGACACUGUGACUCAUCUCAUUAUAUGAAAGCAAAAUUUGCUAUUGCUUCUUUGUUGAGGCUGUUCUACUGUAAAGUCAGAUCCUUUAACUUGGUAUGUGACAGGCGUAGAGAACCUGUGGUCUUCCUGAUGUUGCUAGACUUCAACUCUUAUCAUCCCAGCCAUUGUUCAUACUGGCUAGCUUUGAUUGAUGUUCUAGUCCAAAAUAUCUGGAUGGCCACAAAUUCCCCACUUCUGGUUUAUGUGGUAAUGCCAAAGCUCCUAUUCACUUUUUACCUCGUCAGGUGCCUUUACUCUUUAAAAAUUUAUCCUGCUUUAAGUUGAACAUUCAAGACAUCUGAAAUAGUAAUUUGGGAAUAUUAAUGUCUCUGACUCAAGCAACAUGCUUUGUUAAUAUUCACAUCUUCCCUGGUAACUUGUGGAAUUUUGCGGUGGGGGAGGGUGACACAUUUCCUUUCAUUAGUAUUUUUUUCAUUCUACUUCAUUGGCCAUUUCUGGGCAGCUGUGGAAACACUAAUAUGAUGCAUUGUAUCAUGCAGCUUUUUCCACAGGAGAGAAAUGAAUAGGUGGUACCCAAACGUCUGCCCAUUUCAGAGUUUGACCCUGAACUGAACCCAGAAUUCAGACAUUCACUGCAACAUGUUUAAUAUGUGCUGUACUCUCACUUACUGACAACUGCAUUUGAUGAGAGAGAUUAGCUUGAGAUUUCUGAGGAGCUGGGCACUAUUCAAAUAGGCUCCUCUGCCAGAAUUUGGAUAGUGCACUUUAAAUAAAAUCCGAAAUGCGACCUUAUUCUUUGUGCCUGAUGAUGGAAAUUCUAUAAGCACUUCUUUAGCAGUAUGCCCCAUUGAACUCUAUGGGACUGACUUCUGAGUAAAUUUGCAUAGCAUUGCGUGUUAAAACAACAUGUCCUUCUUCUAACAUUUCUCAGACUUGCUGCAACAAGAGUACCUUGGGCCUGCUUCUAGCAAUAUGGUAAUUUUUUGGUUCAAACAGAGGUCAUACCAAUGCAGCAGACUAUAAACUUUUGUAAAUUCACUCUUUGUGUGGCUAAGCAAUAGAUCACCUGUACGUUGCACAAAUACUUGUUGUUUAAAGCAGAAGCAAUAUUAAGGGUGUCGUAUGCACCCUAAUCCUUCAAAAAAGUUUUUCACAUUUGUUUUAGGAUAUCCUUAAGAUGCAUGUGCACACCAUUCCUAAAUUUACACAUUACUACCAACCACUUGGUGGGUAAUGAUUCAAGUUCCUCCUGGCACUUAGAUGUACGAGUCAUAGACAGACUGUUUUAUAUUAAUGCUUUCCCCCCUCAAGGGCUGUAAAAUAGGCUAAAAAUUACACUGGAUAUUGUUUUCUUUUUGCCAACAUGUUUGUAAAUGUGAAUCAGCAAAACUUACUGUCCUUUAUUCUUGUUCAAGAAUAAUUAAACAUCUUGUGGUUAA